AGCUGAAUUAGGCCAGAUCAAUUAUUGUGGUUUUACAUUCGAUAUUACACGUGCGGUAUAGUUGAUUUGUACAUGCAGUUUUUGGAUGAUUCCAGCAGCAUUGGUCGUCGUUAUAGCUGCUCAUUAAGGGAAAUUUGUGGCUGGCACAAGGGAUUAGCACUGUGGCACUGGGUGCAUUGUAUGGGUGGCAGCUUGAGAGUUAACAAGGACACCAAGUCGGCAGAGGCCAGUAUCCCCAUAGCAUCGGCCGGUGGGGGUCAACUUCAUUGCAACAUGACAAUGCAGGGAGUUAUAGGAACCUUGUUGAUGUCUCUUCUUUUCGUUGGAACUUUAGUUAGGAGUGAACGGAGCGACAUUCGUCUCGUCGGUGGGGUCAACAACCAUGAAGGUCGUGUUGAAGUCCGAAUCGAUGGCGAGUGGGGGACGGUAUGUGACGACGGCUGGGGUUUGACGGAUGCUCACGUCGCCUGUCGUCAGCUCGGGUUUGGACCAGCCACCGAUAUAAUAACAGACGCGGAUGAAUUCGGGGAAGGUACUGGCCCUAUCCAUCUGGAUGAUCUUGGUUGCUAUGGUGACGAGGCGUCAUUGGUUGCGUGCAUCCAUAGAGGAUUGGGAAAGAAUAACUGUAAUCACGCCGAAGACGCAGGUGUCAGAUGCUCCACGUCACCACCAACAUCUGGCAAUGCAGACAUCAGACUAGAUGCUGGUGGCUCCCUUCUGGAAGGCAGGAUACGGAUUAAGAUCGGAGGGGAAUGGGGGACAGUUUGCGACGAUCGCUGGGAUCUGGCGGAUGCCUCAGUGGUUUGUCAACAACUCGGUUUAGGUUCGGCGCUGGAAGUGCGUUCCUUCGGACCGGGAAGUGGACCUAUAUUACUGGAUGACCUUGCAUGUACAGGAACUGAAAGUUCGUUGACCUCGUGCAGCUAUACCGACCGGCUCAACUGUAAUCACAAUGAGGAUGCAGGGGCCGUGUGUUCAGGUUCUACAGGAGCAGAAAGUGUUCACCAAGGAAUUCGCUUAGUCGGAGGGUCUUCAGAGUACGAGGGUCGGGUAGAAGUCUACAUCAACGACAAGUGGGGCACGGUAUGUGAUGAUCUGUGGUCUUUGACCGAUGCAAAUGUAGCAUGCAGACACAUGGGCUUCGGACGAGCCAUUUCAACACCCGGUGCGACUGCAUUUGGACAAGGAUCUGGUUCGAUUAUGAUGGAUAAUGUAGAGUGUCAUGGCGAUGAAACGUCACUACUUGCCUGCCCAUACCAAAGCAUUCAUAACUGCGGUCAUGCCGAAGACGCCGGCGUCGUGUGUGCUAUAUCAAAUUCUACAAAAGUACAAUCGACGAUUCGUCUAGUUGGAGGUUCUACAGAAUAUGAGGGUCGAGUAGAAGUCUCCUUCGGUGAUCGAUGGGGAACGGUAUGUGAUGAUAUGUGGUCUUUGAUCGAUGCUAAUGUUGCAUGCAGACAACUCGGCUAUGGAUCGGCCAUUGCAGUUAAAGAUUCCUCGGUGUUUGGUGGAGGAACAGGUCCCAUUUUUAUGGACAAUGUAGAGUGCACUGGGCGUGAGACGUCACUUGAUUCGUGCCCUUUCCAAAGUAGUCAUAACUGCGCUCAUGUGGAGGACGCUGGGAUCGUGUGUGCUUCGCCAGAUAUUUUGGAAGCAUAUGUGAAUCAGUCGACCAUUCGUCUAGUCGGAGGGACUACAGAGCACGAGGGUCGAGUAGAAGUCUAUAUCGGAGGUCAAUGGGGAACGGUAUGUGAUGAUGUAUGGACCUUGGCAGAUGCGAAUAUUGCAUGCAGAGAACUGGGCUUUGGUCCGGCUGUUUCAGCCCCUGGCGUUGCUUCGUUUGGAGAAGGAUCCGGUCUCAUUUUGAUGGACGACGUAGAUUGUAAUGGACACGAAACAUCUCUGAUUUCCUGUGAAUAUUCCCGCAACCACAACUGUGGUCAUUCUGAAGAUGCUGGGGUUGUAUGCAGAUCAUCAGCGUCUUCGGUAGCAAAAGAGAAUCUAAACAUUCGCCUCGUGGGGGGAUCUACAGAACUAGAGGGUCGGGUAGAAGUUCACGUUAACGGUCAAUGGGGAACAGUUUGCGAUGAUCUGUGGACGUUGACGGAUGCGAAUGUUGCAUGCAAACAACUGGGCUUGGGUCCAGCAACAUCAGCUCCCGGUGCAUCUAGGUUCGGACGAGGGGUAGGUUCUAUUCUCAUGGACAACGUAGAGUGCAGAGGGGAUGAAUCAGCUCUCGCAUUCUGCCAGCAUCAUACUAGUCAUAACUGCGGUCAUCAGGAAGAUGCUGGGGUAGUCUGUUCACCUCGAAAUGGCGAGAGUUCAAACAUACGUUCCAUCCGUCUAGUCGGAAGUUCUUCGCCCUAUGAAGGUCGAGUAGAAUUACUCAUCGCUGGUGUGUGGGGAACAGUUUGUGAUGAUAUGUGGGAUAGAAAAGAUGGUAUGGUGGCCUGCAGACAACUCGGGUACGGACAGGUCAUUGCAGCCACAAGCUCAGCGCGGUAUGGUCCAGGUAGUGGACCUAUACACCUCGAUGACUUGCGAUGCGCUGGUGGUGAGAGUAUGUUGGUCUCGUGUCGCCAUGCCGGGAACACCCACAACUGCAACCAUGGCGAAGAUGCAGGCUUGACAUGUUCACCCCCUGAUGGAGUAGAACCCCCAACCGAACCAGCCGUCUCUCUCCGUCUUGUUGAUGGCUUCUCGCCAUUUGAGGGUCGACUGGAAGUCUACAUGAACGGCAAAUGGGGAACAGUAUGCGAUGAUAUGUGGUCUUUGACGGAUGCCGAUGUUGCAUGCAGACAACUCGGGUUUGGAUCAGCUUUAUCAGUCAGGGGCUCUACCUAUGGUGAAGGAUCGGGUCGUAUACUCAUGGACGAUGUUGAAUGCACUGGGACUGAAACAACUCUCAUCUCUUGCCAGUAUUCAACGACUCAUAACUGUAGACAUGCCGAAGAUGUGGGAAUCAUUUGCAAUCAACCAGAGGGAGCCCAGACAGACGACGUGCGACUCGUUGGAGGAUCAUCACCUAAUGAAGGUCGUGUGGAAAUCCUCAUCAAUGGCGAGUGGGGAACUGUUUGUGAUGAUAUGUGGGAUAUGACUGAUGCAAACGUUGUCUGUCGCCAACUUGGGUUCGGAGUGGCCUUCAGAGCCUUAUCCUCCUUUGGCCUAGGAUCAGGUCCGAUCUCCAUGGACAACGUGGAAUGUGAUGGAACAGAAACGUCACUGCUCUCAUGCACCCAUUUGGGUUCCCACAAUUGCCAACAUCAAGAGGAUGUCGGUAUCGUAUGCCAACCACAAGAUGCGGUGUUGACAGCUGCACCUGCUGUUGAAUGUCCUAUACUCAGCCAUACGAACCAUCCUUUGAGGGUAUCCUGUACUAACGGUACCAUCGUGGGUUCUCUAUGCACCUACUCCUGUGACGAUGGCUUCAUCCUGCAGGGAAGCUCCGAAAGAACAUGUCAAACAUCUGGUUCAUGGCAUCCUAACGGAGAAGGAAUUCCUGUCUGUGAAGCUGAGGUGGUGACGGUUGCCCCUGUUGUUGAGUGCCCGGCAAUUGGUAGACCCACGUAUCCAUUGGCUGUAUCGUGCUCUAACAAUACUCAAGAGGGUUCUAUGUGUACCUACGCAUGCGUCGAUGGCUUCAGUCUGGAAGGGAGCCCUGACAGAGUAUGUCAGGCAUCAGGUUCAUGGAGUCCAAGUCUAGAAAUAACUCCAAUCUGCAAAGGUGUCAGUUGUCCACCACUAGCAUUAGAGCAUGGCACAACCCUAUGCACUAAUGAUUGGAUGUAUCUGUCAGCUUGUAUGCCAGUCUGUGACAUAGGAUAUGAAAUAGAUCGUCAUCGGGCUCUACAGUGCAUCUCGUCAGGAAAUUGGACAGAAGAACUACCCACUUGUCAAUUAUCAAAGUGUCCUGAGCUUCCCAUCGUAGCAAAUGGUGUAAAGACAUGCACAAAUGACACACACUUAGGAUCCACCUGCAAUGUCACGUGUGCAGAUGGCUUCAGAUUAGUAGGACCCGUAUCCAGAAAGUGUGAAGGAAGAGGAUCCUGGUCCAGAUACCAGCCCGUCUGUCAAGAUAUUCGUUGUCCAACUCUGACGUCUCCUCAUUUUGGAUCACUCGCCUGUACACAAGGCUCAAGGCAUGGAUCUGUCUGUACAUCUACUUGCGGAGUAGGGUAUAGAGUCAUCGGGAGCACAGCCACAAAGUGCAAUCCAGAUGGUACUUGGACUCAAGACAUACCCACGUGCGAAUUGAUUACGUGCGGUCCAGAAGUAGAAGCACCUCUGAACGGGAGCGUUGCAUGUUUCAUUUCGGGUCGGGUCUGUAUCUACAGCUGCAAUAAUGGUUUCGAUCUAACUCCACUCACCAGUGUGGUACGAACAUGCGAAGCCCACGGAUGGUCAAAAGCGGCACCUACCUGCCUAGACAGGAGAGCACCUGUCUUCCAGACUUGCCCUGAAGACGCAAUGACUUUCAUCAGUGAUCCUAUGCAAGAAACUGCUACGGUCAACUGGCUGGCGCCCUCCGCGUUGGACCAUUCGAAUAACAAGAUCGUGGGUGUGUACGUCUCUGGACCCGCCCCAGGUGCAUCUUUGGAAGGAGGCUCCUAUCCAGUGGUUUAUGUGGCUGAGGAUGCAAGUGGAAACACUGCUAACUGUAGAUUCACCGUCGUCGUCAGUGUCAUUCGUUGUCCCGAGUUGUCUGAUGAGGAUCUGGUCAAGGUGAACUGUUCUCAUGGAUAUCUCCGAGAUUCCAUCUGUCGGUUCUCUUGCUCUGCGGCUGGCUAUGAAGUGGUAGGACCUGACAUGACCCAGUGUGUCAUGGAUAGAGAUGAGGCCAGCUGGAGUAGUGCUAGACCAUCAUGUACAGAUUACUCAGCACCAGUAUUUACCAACUGUCCAUCAUCUCAAGUAGUCUUUGCCGAGAUCAACCAGACUACAUCUAGUGUAAGAUGGCCUGAACCACGUGCUACCGACAACUCAAACAAUGCUCUGCAUGUUGUAAUGACUGCUGGAAACGGUUCCGGAGUCAUGAGACCUGAGGGAACGAUCUUAGAAGCCUAUGAAGCAGUAGAUGAAAGUGGUAAUCGAGCAGAAUGCAGUUUCAACGUAACUGUGAAAGUGAUUCGCUGCGCUCAGCUUGAUAGUGACUUCAUUUCCGCUUGUUCGGGUACGGUCUUGGGUUCUGUCUGUCACUUCUCCUGUCCUGAAGGUUACCUGCUUCAAGGUCAUUCCUCCAAGAGCUGCCAGAGAAAUGGUUUUGAUGGAAUCUGGUCUAAUCAGCUAUCAUUCUGCUUAGAUAGCCAAGCUCCAGUAUUCACACGUCGUCCAGAACCGAUAGAAAUCACUGCACCACCUCUAGAGAUGAGUGCAUUUGUAAGCUGGGAGGUACCUGAGGCAGAGGACCAGGACCCGAAUGUUCUAGUAUUCCAGAUAGCAGGACCAGCUCCAGACACGGAACUACCCGAGGGUUUCUAUUUGGUGAGGUACAUGGCAAUGGACAGUGCAGGGAAUGAAGCAGUCUACACCUUCAACAUCACAGUCAAGGUGGUACAGUGUAGCGACCCAGAACCGGAAGUCAAUGAGGAUGUCGGGGUCAUUUGUAACCGUGGUAACUUGCUUGGGUCUACUUGUGUAUAUUCCUGUCCUGUGGGCUAUGAUUUGAUUGGUUCUCAGAGUACCACGUGUGUAAUGAUGGACGAUGAUAGUACAAUGGGAAGAUGGAACACAACAACAACACCGAGUUGUCAAGCUCGUAGCUGCCCUUCACUUGCUACCCCUCCUGCAGCGAUUGUAUCUGGAUGUGUAACCGAUCUGGGAAACUCUUCAACCUAUGGUACAAACUGUACUUUUACCUGUCCGGCCGGGUAUUUCGGUGUAGGUGAAGCAGUGAAAUUCUGCCAGGCUGAUGGGACUUGGUCGACUACGGGUUUCGCGUGCCAGAAACGACACUGCGUCGGACUCGGUGGCAACGGUAUCUUUACUUCAAUCCCACACCAAUGCAUGGGCUUUCCUGAAUACGAAGACGUUUGUGUAGUCGCAUGUCUUCUCCCGGGCUAUCAGCUUCGUGGGCCUGGUUCGGCUGAGUUCCAAUGCAUGCAAAAUGGGACAUGGGACCAAGCAUUGGAUGACUUCACCUGCCUUGAUAUUGAACCACCCGAGCUCUUAACCUGUCCAGAAUCAUUCAUCGUUGAUAAAACUAACCCUGACGGAGUAGAAGUGACCUUUGACAUACCAACCGCGCGUGAUAACAGUAACAGCAGCCUACGAAUAGUGACGUCACCAGAGAACUUGACGUCACCUCAUUUCAUUUUCCAGGAUUCAGUGCUCUCCUUUGAAUUCUUUGAUGACACUAAUAAUAGCAUCAAAUGUACUUUUGAUGUGCAGGUCAAAGAGGAAUUUGGUGUGGAUAUCCUGUAUUGUCCUGAUGACAUCACAGUUGAAACGGAGAAGGAAGCUAAUGUGACGUGGUCUCGACCAGUGUUUCGUGGAGAGAACGCGUCGAAUAUACAAGUAACCGGCUCCGUCAAUGGUACCUCGGCAAUGCUACAGAUUGGUUUCCACUCCAUUGAGUACACUGCAGUUAAUAAAUUCACUGGGAAAGAGUCUGUUUGUCGAUUUAAUAUCACUGUUAAACCACUACCGUGUCCUCCUCUCGACACACCUCUAAACGGCGCCUUAUCAUGCCGUAAAUGGGAGACCAUUGAGAUCUGCAGCAUGUCAUGUAAGGAAGGCUAUGAUAUCCCUCGCUUGCCCUCCAGACAACAACCGCCAACGCUCUACACGUGUUCUGCAUCACAGGGUUCAUCCAGGGAAUGGAAACCGAAUGACAAUGUCGUCGAUUGCUCAGGACUCAAGGGCAGGCUAUCUUAUCUACCGGCCGGGCUGAUAUAUUACGAGGGUGAUUGCGGUCAGUUGGUUACCCAGCAGAACAUUGCUUCAGCCCUGACCACCCUGAUUCAAGCAUCGACGUUCGGGGAUCUGUGUAACGACAAACAAUGUUCAGUCACCGAUGUGACCGUCACAUGCGGACCCCUGGACCACUUGCCCGAACCUCCACCUGCUCAGAGACGUCGAAGGAGGGCCAGACGCGAUGCGAUGUCUGCGUCCAUACCAUCGGGUGCAGAGCGUCGUAACCUACCAAGGGCGUCCUGGGCUACCAACGUGACUAUGGUCUCCUUCGACAUCUCAACGAGACACGACAUCGACAACGAUGCCGUGGAUGAUGAGCCAACUAGCGAUGCUGAUGAUCGCUUGGCCGAAAUUGAGGAGAACCUUUCUCGACUGGUCCACGAGAUUAUCCUGACAGGGACUGCGGACGGUAUGGAAGGUGACAUGAUGGAGAAGAUCGCCCAGCUACCUCUAGAUGAUGCCUCAUUGGUUCUUGGUGACAUCAAGUCGGCCUGCGAUCAAGGAUAUGUUCCACAAACAGGAUCGCCAAACCGAUGUGUUGCCUGUCCGCGAGGGUAUAUCUCUGGUGGAGACGCUGAGAUGUGUAUGCCCUGUACCACUGGGUCGUACCAAGACCAAUCAGCUCAGUCUGCGUGUAAACCCUGUCCAGCUGGACAAACCACCCCCAGAGAGGGUGCCAAGAACAUCAACGAAUGUCGAGACCAAUGUAGCCCAGGUUCCUUCUCGCCUUCUGGAUUGGUUCCCUGUCUACCAUGUGAUCGUCAAUCCUUCCAAUCACAGGCCGGCCAGAGAUCAUGUGACCGCUGCCCCACCAAUCAAAAGACGUACAGAUACGGAGCCAUUUCACAAGAAGAAUGCACCUUUUACGACUCAAUCUAAUGGUGUUGAUAUAAUUGAGAUUCUUUUAUGUAAAUCUCGAAUUUUUAUUUGAAAUUUAUUUUGAAGACAUGGCUCGUGUUUUUUUUCCCUCUCACUUGUAUCAACCAGGAAUGGAAGGAAAAUAUGUUAACGUAUAUAAACAUGAGAAAUCCUUAAUGAUAACAACUCCUUUAUCGUGAGGUAUAUGACGAAAGUGUCUAGAAGUCUGCUUGUAAAUGCAUGAUAUGAAUAUGCUAUCGAAGCUAAAGACACUUUAAAAUGCCAGUUUCUACAGCAGGAACUCAACUUGCUUAACUAAUCGUAGAAGUACUAUCCUUUAUAGCUUUAAAUAUAAUUGUGAAUUAUGUCAGUGUCACCAAAGUUUAGUCUUCCGCAUCUUUUACUAAAUAAUGUGUUAUUAUUUUUUUUUUAAAGAUUGUAAAUCUUGUAUUAAAGACUUUAUAUAUUAUUUUGUGUAGUUAUUCUCAAUUUGUGUCAUGUCAUGAUUCGAAAUGAAAUUAUGUACUGAAUAAUGUAAGUCAUGUGAAUUUUUUAUUUUUACUGCUUUCUUUAUUAUUUUGCAGGACUGUGUAGAGGACAAGUCUAUUUCUUUACCUCAUAAACAUGCUUUGAUGUAGGUCGAUACUGACUGAUCAAUCUUGAUUUGUUUCUAGCAAAAAGUAUUUAACAACCCUUAAAUAUUGUCAUGAUUGUGUAUCAAAUAUAAAAUUGUAAAUAACAAGUAAUGUAAUGUAUUUUAAGCACAUAACUUUGCUGUACUAGCUUACACUUACAUGAACUUUCAUCCAGGCAUACCAUUACAUUUCACCCCUCACGCCCACUACAUUUACGCAUUAUAAAUCAAGGUUAUAUAAUUUAGGGGAAAAAAUGCCAACACAGUAAAUGUCAUUAUACUAUAAUAGUUUACCCAUUUAAUUGCUACACAGUGUGUCCUAAUACAGACAGUGAGGUGAAAGUUUAAAUGCACUGUUGUUAACAUCUGCUAAUUAAAUUCACUAAGUAUAAAUUAGUUUUCAUUCGACAAAGAUUCUGAUGUAGGGGUCAAUUUAAACAUGUCUUUCCGGUAGGAUACCCAGCAAAGUCAAUAGCACAUGCCUGGGCCAAAGUAAACUAAUUUUGAACCGUAAGUAAUUACAUACUGACAUAGAUAGUUGCAAUAUGGCAAAAUGAGUUCACCACACUUCUUGCAAUAUAAGUUAAAUAAUAGAAACUUAAAGAAUAUCGUAACUUCAAACGGUUUAUUGCUGGUCAGAUAAGAACAUGAUAAUGUAAACUGCUGUAAUGUUAUGUAUAAACAAAACUUAUUUUAAUAAAUAAAGAUUAUAUUUCCUUUUUACA